AUGGAGAGCUCUGCUGAUCCUGAAAGCUCCAACUCAAGGGCCUCCACGGAUUCUACUUCUCUUGAAACCCUUGAGCUUUCUAUUGGGAAUCUUUGCGUGAAGAAUGGCAAGGUUGAGAUUGAUGGCUCGGCUACUACUCAGGUCAACAGGGCUUAUUCGUCUUUGCCUCUGAAUGGUUCUUUAACUAGCAUCUUGCUUGGUCCUGGACCGAACAACAGAGAAAGUAUGUUGAGUUCUUCAAAGAAGUAUAGUAUUUUUCCUUCUUUUAAUCAUAUGAAUCUGAAUGGUGCGGAUUGUCAACCAUAUGGUUUUUCUGAAAACCUGACGGAAAAAACAUUGAACACCGGGUAUGGGUUUGAAGAACCAUACCUACAUCAUUUGAAAUCAAAGGGAUGGGAGGAUUCCUUGUUCAGCGAUGUUAACUUAUUCGGUGGUUUGUAUAAAGAAGAACCCUGCCUUCCUUCUCAUCCUGAAGCAGUUACAACUGGUGCAAAUCUUUCGUGGAGUGGUUUCAACAUGAGUAAUGAGAGAGUUCUGGUGGUUUCCAGGAUUUGCAAGGAUUUGGUACAGUUGAAGGACCCAAGAAUUACACAACUGAUAUUUGAAGGGGUUAUUGAGAACAUAUUCGAGCUGAUGACCGACCAACAUGGACGCUAUCUAUUUCAGAAGCUGAUUGAGUUAGAAAACGAAAUUCAGUUGCAGAUGAUUGUGGAAAAACUAACAAAUUCAGACGGAGACAUCUUCUAUACAUCAAUCCAUAGAUAUGGCACUUAUUCUAUUAAGAAGCUGAUCCAAGUGCUUGAGAAGUCACCAUUGGUUACCGAGGUUGUUAAAGCUUUGUGCAACAAAUUCUGGGACUUGAUGGUCAAUCCAACAGGACGACAUGUUAUAAUGGAGUGCCUGGACGUUGUCGACUCUCAGAAGAAUGACUUGCUAUAUAUUGAAGCCAUCGAUAAAUGUCUACAACUAGCCACACAUGAGCGGGGAUGCAUAUCCUUAAACAAUUUUAUCUCCCGUAUCAAAGGGCCUCGAAGAGAUCAACUCCUGAACUUGAUCUGUGAUCAUGUGGUGUACCUUUCACAAGAUCCUGCAGGGAACUUUGUUGUGCAGUACGUCCUGGGGCUCCAAAAGCCUUCCAUGAUCGAUAAAAUUUGCUUCAAAUUGAAAGGUUACUACGUUAAACUAUCCCGGCAGAAAGGAGGAAGUCAUCUGGUAGAGGAUUGCUUGAAAUCUUCAGGGAUGGAUCAUGUGGUUCAUGAAUUUCUUCAUAGCAAUCAACUUCUUCACGUUGCGAAGGAUCGAUAUGGAAACUAUGUUCUCCAAACUGCUUUAAGAGAGACGAUGAAAACAGGUAGUCCACUUCAUGGAAGUCUUCUUGUGAAACUCCUGUCAUAUCUUAAUUCUCUGCAGCAUGGGUACGGAAGAAAUGUCCUCACAUUGAUGACAGCUCAGCUUAAAAAGGCGUGA